CUCGACAAUCCAUUUUAUGUGAAUGCGACGUAAAACAUUUCAAGCCUCACAUGGUGCAAGACAGUCGGCUCAAAAUAAACACAUCCUCAACCACAAAGACCGCUGGUGGGAAUGUGAAUGGCAGUAAUUCGGGUGACUCAAAAUAUGCUACAGAAUCACCCACUCUCAUGCCCAUUGCAUCAGAGGCGGAUAUCGACUACAGUUUGAUAUAUGCGCUUCAUACAUUUGUUGCCAACCUUGAAGGUCAAGUUUGCGUACUCAAGGGCGAUUCGUUGGAACUAUUGGACGACAGCAAUUCGUACUGGUGGUUAGUCAAAUGCAUCAAGACUCAAGAGAUUGGAUAUAUUCCAGCAGAGAAUGUGGAGGUAAAGUCUUGCAGAUCGUUAUCGUUGCUAAAUCCUUGCAGCUUGUUGGAAUAGUUGGAUUUCUACACAAUCAGGCUGGUGUCGAUUGACUGAUUGCAUUGUAUUGUUUCAAAAUACUGCUUUAUUGAAUAAUAUCAACAGACACCAACCGAACGACUCGCUCGUUUGAAUGGCCAGCGGAAUAUCGAUCAUGCGUCUGCCAAGGAUGUUGAUAAGCAGUCCAAAGCACCUUCUAUGCACAAGAAACCACAACGGAUCCAAUUUUCAGCAGCAGCUCCCGAAAUCUUUGAGGAAUACGGUUCAGAUGAUGGAAAUGACGCUAGAAACGGUGAAAACAAUCCUUACUACGAGUAUGAGUAUAAUCCAGAGGAUGAAAUUGUUUCGGCAUCGACUGGAUCACUCGAUACAAUUUCAAGUGGAAGAUCAUAUAUGGGUAAUGAUGGUAAUAGGUCUCUUGGACGAUCUCAAGAUUCGAGCCAAGGAUCAUCAAAAACUAAACUAUGGGAGAAACUGUUUAGGAAAAAAGAGCCUGAACGUAGUCCUAGUUUAAAUUCUGGAAGCAACAGUCCAAUUUCAUACAGAUCGUAUAGCAAUCUAGAUGACUCUGCAUCUGCUGCUCCAAGUCCUAGACCACCCAGUAGCUUCAAUGGUGGUACACCUGGAAAACCUCGCUUUAACGAAAGAGAAAUUAUGGUGUCACCGAGAGGAAGCUCUGUCAACAGAAACCCUGCAUUUGAAUCAGGCUCAAAUAGUGGGAGUAUGAAUUCUUCUCAAAGGCCAAACGCCAUUAAUGUUCUUCGAAUCUUUGCAGGAAAUGUAAAUCUGGAUGCAACAUUUAAAAGUGUAGCCUUUACUGAGACCAUGAUUGCAUCUGAAUUAGUCAAUGGUGCAUUGAAAAAGUUUAGAGUGCAAGGAGCAAACCCAGCUGACUACUAUAUCAGCGUCUUGUAUAUGGACUCUCAGCGUCAACUAAAUGACAACGAGGUGGUGUUCAAGGUGCUUGAUGCUCUUAAACAAAAGAAUCUUCCUGGCAUUGGCGAUUUUUCAAAAGUAUCCCAGUCCUAUGGAUUUCGUGGAAAUGUUAGCACAGUGCGCAUCACAGACGAUAGUUUGAUUCGUGUAUUGAUCAAUAAAAAGUCGCAGGAACUGAUCGAUGGUCCUCUCCGUCCGAUGCGCAUUGCAUACCAUGACUUGCCUUCACAAAAAAGAAUAUACCGGACUAUUGGCAUUCCUCGCGGUGCAAAGGCCGAAGAUGCAAUCGAGAUUGCACUGCUAAGUUUUGGAAUGCAACCUUCUGCAGAAGUAGAAUAUUCACUGUGCUCUGUGUUAAAUAAUCAAGAAACUGUACUUAUCCCUGGAGAGCCCCUUAUUCCGAUUAUGAGAGUUGCAGAGCAGCGUGGCCAAGAUUUAUCGUUUCUAUUGCUCAGAGAUAAGCUCGUCCUUCCCGAUAUACCGUCUGCUAACAAUUCCAAGCCAUCUUUCGCAAAACAAGGAGCAAAUAACGUGGAAACCCCUUCUGCACCACGCAAAUACUCUGAAACUGGAUCAGUCGAUACAGGAUAUGCCCAGCCUACCAAAUUUGUUAUUGCAAACCCUGAUGAACUACAAAAAAACUCUGCCACAACUGUAUUAGGACCCCCAAUCGCCUCAUCUAGUCCGACUAUGCUUUCAUCGACUUUUGCACAAUCCAACGUCACGGAUGAACCUCCAAGCGAACGGAUACACAACAAAUUAGACUGGAUCAAUGCAAGCCUUGAUCGCAGAACUGCCAUGGCAACAAAUGAACAGAAUUCUCCAAAGCGUAAACAAAAAGAUUCACCCUCAUCCUUUGGACUACAAAACACCAAUGCAUUGGCAAGUACACAUCCAAGUAGAAGUGGAAACUCGAGUCCGUUUAGUAAGUCAUCUACUACAUCUCGUAACGAGCAAACUGCAGCAUCAUCAGCUGGAUCUUCCUACUUUGGAUCAAUGGUGGAUUAUCUUGACGAAACAUUAAAAGAAAACUCUGAUGAAAGGCGGAUUCAACAGAUGGAAAAAGAUCUUGAAAUUGACACUUCCCAGCAUAAACUAUCUACAGUCGAUCGCCUCAAAAGACGUAGCUCACUUUUCAAACAAGCUCCAAUUCUUUCUUCAAAGAAUGAAUCUCGAACUGGAUCUACAUCGACAUCUUUAGCUAAUCGCGGACUUGAUGGGAGCCGCAUUACUGAAAACACAAACCCUUCUUCCGAGUCAUUAUCUACUCCACUCAAAAAUGUGUUGAAUAAUAUUGAAGCAGAUAUUGAGGCUAUCUUGCGUAAGAAUGUCAAGCAGGAUAGUGAACGUCGAAAGUCUGUACGUCUUUCCACCAAUUUAAUUGCCCAAAAAGUAUCCCGAACUUCUGCUGCACAACAAGCUAAUGCACGCUCUAGUCCAAAACCAGACUCUGUUUCAACCAUCAUUGCUGCAAACAUAGAUAGUGAUAAAGAUGACAUUGAUGCAUUAUAUCUUGCUUUCAACGACACCCAACAGCAGCUUGGCGGUCUUGAAAAGAUGAUUGAAGACCUUAUUGGAAAGGCAAUAUCACUGAUUGAUAUUCCGUCACCAUCUGGACAGCUGUCAGUCAUAUCGCCAGCACCAUUAUCUGCAACGAGGCAAAUGGUUUACAGCAAUAUUCACGUAAAAUGAACCAUUUUUUUGUAUU